UAAAUUUGGGGAACAGCCCAUUUUUAAAUUUAGUAUUAUUAAUCUGCACGUGUGAAUGUAUCAGCCGCCACAUUCUCUGGACUGCUGUGGAGGACUGGGUAAUGUGGAUUAUAGUAAGGUUGAUUUCUCGGCCAUGGCUUUUCUCCUCAGUUAUGUGGACGUGACGGACUCGAUUUUCGGGGUCGCUGUAUUCUUCAUUGCCUUCAACCCACUUUUCUGGAAUCUGCAGGUAGCAAGAUGGGAGCACAGAACCCGGGCUCUGACCCGCAUCUUCCGUUCCCCGUACACCGCCUGCUACGCCUUGGGAGCCGUCAUCUUGUUGCUUAACUUUCUGCGGAGUCACUGUUUUGAGGAAGCCAUGAAGAGGCAGCCCAAACUGGAAGCUCUGGACUCCCUUCCUGGCUACUAUGCUGGAGCCGGACUCGUGGCAAUAGGCGUUGUGUUUGUUCUCUCCAGUUUUCUCGCACUGGGCUUUGUCGGAACAUUUCUGGGCGAUUACUUUGGGAUCCUCAUGAAGGCCAAGGUGACCUGCUUCCCGUUCAGCGUACUGGACAACCCGAUGUACUGCGGCAGCACUGCCAUCUACUUGGGAUGGGCUCUCAUGCUCGCAAGUCCAGCUGGUCUCCUUCUGACAGCCAUCGUGGCUCUGUCCUACACAAUUGCUUUGCGGUAUGAAGGGCCGUUCACCGAAGAAAUCUAUCGCCAGAAAGCAGUCAAGAGUCAAUAGCUGCGACUAUGGUGGUGCCAGAGGCCCGGGAAAAGAAAGCACAAGGUGGUUUGGAAGCGAGAAGCAGUGCCAUUUUAGCAGGACAAUUCGACGGGAUACGAAAGUUCGGACUGACUUCUAAUUACCCUUGGCUAAAACUUCUUAAAAAGUGCAUUUGAGAUGGAAGCCCAGGGCCCAGGGGACGGGGGACUUUGACACUUAGCGAAACCACCCACCAGUCCCAGGCAGGUGGCCUUUCUCACAAGUAGCCCGUCUCCACCUCUGGCUUUCAGCAGGUUCCAUUAAGAGCAGAAGUUUGAAAGGGCUAAUUAUAGGCUCCGGAAAGCGUUUUUAAAAAAAAGGCAAAGUGGGUAGGAGGCCCGAACAUUUUUAUGUAACUGCAGGCACACUUGCAGAGGGGAAAGAACAAACACGGCAGCGAAUGCACACGCCUCGGAGGGGAGCGAUGCGGCGCAAGGACGCAUGCACUCAGCAGCGCAUUGGCAGGGUUGCAACUGCUAUCAUUUAGGAGACAUGAGUAAAAUUCGGGGAAAGUACGUGCCGUGUAAAAUUCGUCUUGGUCCCUCACUCUUUCAGGACAUCCUCUCUUCCGGCCAUAAACAAUUCGACCUUUUUUUUUGUCCUACCAACUGAAAGGCUGACGCGGUCCAGCUCUGCCGUUGCAGGGUGCUCGAGCGCAUGCUUCCAGCAUCCAGCCGAUAGCAGCAGUCGGGAGGUACAGUUUCGGCUGAGCUGCCGGGGAACAUGAAUGUGUGAGUCCUCCGAAACAAACCUUCGUUGUACACAAAAGGCUAGAAGGAGUGCUUUGUCCUCACACACUAGUUUUUCUACGUUUCUUCUUAAAAUUCAAACAAGCAUCUCCUCUCGUCCCCCCUCCCAUGGAAGUCUGAAUAGUCCAACCCAUCAAAAAUUGCCUCUUUAGUCAGUCAGUGUUUAUUACGGUCAAAAACCAGCCUAUUGCCUCUUUAGUAUCAAGCACCGUCCACCCCCCAAAAAUACCAUCCAUCGCCAACCUUCUUCCCCUGUGGCUUCACUGCUGUGACCAACUCUUUGACCUAUGACCCUUUUCCACCUGCCCCGCUCCUCUUGAAUGCCAUUGGCCAUUCUGAUAAAGUGUCACCGCAGCCCCCAACUGUCAUUGGUUUGCCUGCUGUGACAUCACAGAGAGCUUAUGGCGGCCUGGGCCCAGGAGGCGGAAUGGAGAAUGCAGACUGCAGGGUAGGUAAUGAAAGGUUAUAUGAAAAACGUAUUGGCCUAAAGCCAACGUAUUGGCUUCUAAAGCUGCACCGCAAAGGCAAAUGUACACACCCUGGAUUAACAGCCGGCGCAUCCAGACCGAGACGUUCCUCGAGAACCAAAGACUGCUGCGGCGUGACCUUUGCCAAAACCGGAACUGUGCAAUGUGGCUGUUGCAAAUCUUUUUCUCUGCCUCCUCCAUUCCCACGUGACACAUAUUUGCCCAGAAUACAAUGUCGGUAAUGUUUUGUAUGGUGUUCUUCCUCUGGUUUGGCAACCUGCCAAAUAUCACUGUCCCCCCCACCCCCCACCCAAAGCAAUGAUGUUUCUAGAGCACUUUUGGAGAUGGAAAAACCAUCCGUGGCAUUCUCGGUAAUCGGACACUUUUUUUUUUUUUGGCUUCGAAGUGGACCGGACUUAUAAACGCCUUUGUCUGUCUUAUCUCCAUGAUGUUGUAAGAGCUCGUCGCUUUUCAGAACCUGUCCUCUGCGGAUAUCUAAGCCUCAAUCAAGUAUUGCUUUCCCAUUGUCUCGUUCUGUAUCAACUUCUGGGAGCAAGCGACGUUCUUUCCACCGCUACCCUAAUCCCCUGUCCUUUGUACGUUUUAAUUCUCCGCACUCAUGCCGGUAUUCUGGAAAUAUCCCCCAAUGUAUGCUCAAGGUAAAUGUCAAAAUCUGAGCUGGAUUAACCAUUAUGUUAAGCGCACUAGGAGUCCCAGUCUGAUUUGAGAUCUCUUCUUACGCACAGUGGUCUGGUUUAUUUACAUUACGUCCAUGCCAUUUUGCACCUUAAGAUACUGAGCACCAAAUGCAUUUGUUUAAAAAAAUAAAACAUGGAAACUACGCCCU